AUGCCGUCAAUUAAAAAAACUCUCCCUCAUAAAUGCGGUUCUUGCAAAAAAACCUAUAGUAAUAUGAAAAUGGCUGAGAAGUGCUUAACCUUGUGCCUGAAAAAUCAGUUGGAAAAUAUGAGAAAUGCACACUUGUCUGCAACUCCUUUGCUUUCGAUGCCUAGCCAGUCUGUUUCAGCUGCGAUUCCAGACUUGAUGCUUAAAGAAAAUACAAGCACAAUUAGUCAUGAAAGCACUGAUGGUAAUAACAGCACUGACCUCGAUGAUCCCAUGCGUGAUAUCGACUGUGAGAGUGAAAUUGAAAGUAGCACCUCUUCCUUGAUUUUCGAUUUUAGCCAGCCUUCUCCUGUCCCGAGCAACAAUGAUGCAAAGAACCUGGAGUUCAUAAAAGUCAUCAAUGACUUUGACAUUUCCCAUCAAGCUCAUGAGAACCUUGCUGCGCAUCUCAACAGCAUUCUGGGGAUAUGUAUGAUGUUUAAUGAUGCAGAGGAGGUUGCUUGCAAGCAUUGUGGUGAAGCUCGCUACAAAAGCAACAAAACUGAUAAGGACGGUAUACCCAUUGUCAAGAAAACCAUGGUUCAGAUCCCUUUGGCCAGGCAAAUUGUCCUUUCUUUGGCCAACAAUGGUACCAGACAUGAGAUGCUAUACCGUCACAAUCACGAGCAAAAGGCAGAUGGCAGCAAGGCAGACAUCUUUGAUGGGCAUGCAUACCAAUCAAUCAAACACCUUUUCUCUGGUGAAAACGAUGCUGCAAUUUCUUUGUCUGUUGAUAGCUUUGCACCUCAUAACAUUCCCGGUCCUUCUGCACCACUUGACUUCUGGUCAUUUUUGAAGCCAAUCUUGGCAGACCUCAAGGUACUCCAAGAGGAAGGAAUGGUUGUUGUAACCCCAACUCUCACCAUCCGUGCAAAGGUCCAUGUCCUUGUUGUAACUAGUGAUAUUCUGGAAGUGGCGAAGCUGGCAUAUCACACUGAUACUACUAUGUGCACUUUGGAAAGUUUCCAAAACUUUGAUCCAGCAAGUUUGCCCAGCAAGGGUCUUGUAGGACAAUCUUCUUUUUCUUCACUGGCAUCAUUCACAGGCCCGCUCUUUCUUACCCUUGACAAGAUGCAUGGCCUUUGCCAUGGAAUAGACAAACAGGUCUGGGGGCUUAUUGAUGGAAAAUAUGAGAUUAAACACUCUCUGUUUCUUCCUGCCAAUGUACUCAAGGAAAUCGGCGUGGCAAUGGCAGCAACAAGAAAAACAAUUCUGACAGCAUUUCAUGGCUCUUGGAGAAACAUAUCCAAGUACAGUAGAUACUUCAAGGCUGUAGACUGGGCCGAUUUCCUCCUCUUCAUUGUCCCUACACUGGUGGCCAAGCGUGUAAGAGAUACAACUGCCAGGAAAGCAUUGCUUGGACUUGUGCAAGCUUGCAACUUACUCAUGAGCUGGGAGUUAUCAGCAGAGAAACAAACCUCUAUAAAAAGAAAAUUACAAUUAUGGAACAUGUAUCUCGAAGACCUUUAUUGGAAUGAUAAAAUAGAAAUAAUGGUGUUUACCAUCAACCAGCACCUUCUACAACAUUACCCCGUUAUGAUCAGUGCCUUUGGUCCUCCUUGUGCAUACAGCACAAGAUCAAUGGAGCGUGCUAUUGGCAAGUAUUCUCGUGCCAUCAAAAGCAAUUCGGCAAUUGGUGUGAAUGCUGGAAACAUAAUGGUUAGACUGGCUCAUACACGGCGAUUGUUGACUGAUUCCAAUGGAGGCAAAUGGAGAGAUGUUGUAUUACAGUACGAAGAUAUGUCUGCUGGUUGGCCAAUUACUAGUGAGGGCGAGCAUGCUGGUGCAGAUUCCAAUAUUGAGUUCUGGAGACCUUUAGGAUAUAAAACAAUUGAUGAUAGUUUCAAAGACAUUUCUUGUCUUCUGAUUCUUAUUCAAGACUUUUAUAGAUCAAAGGGGGUUGAAUGCGGAAUGAUUGAACCAGCUAUAAUAACUAGUCGCAAAGCUUUUAUUAAUGGCUGUGUGAUUGACUUCUCAUUUGCCCAAAAUACAUUAAGAGAGGUGCAUCAUGUUUGUCUUCAGGUGCAAGUCGAUCUGUUCACAAAUGUACGUUGCCAAUACAUUCCCAUUGCAAAGGACUUCUUUGGAAAAGUAAUUCUUUUCUUUGAACAUGAGAAUUCUGGUAAAAGGUGGCCUCUUGUUUUGGUGCUGAUAUAUAGUACUGUAUUAUACAAUGGCAUUCCGGUGGUGGUAAAUGGCCAGCUCAAACCAAAGGUAGUCCACCUAGCAGACGUCAAGGAGUUGGUUGUGUUGUGGGGAGAAAAUAAAGCAAAAUAUAAUAUAGACGAAAGAAUUCGUGAGAACUUGUGUAGGUUGUUUAUUUCAAAAGAAAAUGUGUGCUUAAGUAAUCUUUAUCACGAUGAGUCAUCUUCCAGGAGUAUUGUUCUUCUGGAAAGAUCCGGAAAGACCAAUUGA